UGAGCCAGGCAGUGGGCUGGCUAGCUGCAGAGGUGGAAACCCCGGCUGGAGCAGGUGGGGUCGCGCUCCUAGUUCAGGCGCAAGGAGCGUGAGCGCCGGGAGGUGGACUCGGGAUUUCAACGUACCUCAUCCACUGCCUCUGUUGAUGUCAAAUACGGAGUUAAGGUGGCUAUUGAGGGGGCUUGAGGAAAUGGUGGUAAGCCAAAAAAAAAAAAAAAAAAAAAAAAAAGGCAUAGGACGUCUAGUUCUUCAAGUUUUUGUCAGAAAAGAGCGGGAAAGCGCCCCCAUCCAGCCUGUUAAGCCGAGGGAUCGGCGAGUCUCCCAGCCCCACCCCUGCAGCAGUGAUGCAAAGAGAACAAAUCACCGACGUAGAGAGGAGGGGAAAAAAAAGAAAGAAAGAAGGAACCCCCUGGGGGUGGUGGGAGGAGAGAGCGGACGGAGUAAGCACGGAGCAGUCUCUAACCACUGGGCCAAGAGGGAGCGCUUUCUGGGGAAACAAACUACGCAUAAAUAAUUGAGUUUGGAGCCCAGUGCUUUCAGAGGCUCGGACCGCACCUCCCCAGCGCCUUCCGAGCUGAAAAGGAGCCGAGCGGGGAAAGAGGUCGGUGACGGGAGCGAGAGCAGCUCGGCCGGCGGUGGGACGCUGUGCCCGCAGACGCCCGCAAGAGGGACAGCAGGGCCCAGCGAGCAGAGCCCAGCGAGCGCAGGAAGGACAGCGCGCGACGGGCAAGGAGCCCUCGCCAGCGGCCGUGGGAAGACAGCUGGCCUCCGCGGAGGCCGCGGAGGCGCUGCAUGGACAGCAUGCGUUUCUCCGGAGGCCCCAACGAGGGGCCCGCGGACAACUCCAGCCAGGGGUGGCCCCUGUUAGCCGGCGGUGUCAACGGCAGCCGGGCAGCGGAGGCGCUCGGGGACGGCGGCAGCCCCCAGGGGGACGUGCGCAACGAGGAGCUGGCCAAGCUGGAGAUCGCCGUGCUGGCUGUGACUUUCGUGGUAGCCGUGCUGGGCAACAGCAGCGUGUUGGUGGCGCUGCACCGCACCCCUCGCAAGACGUCCCGCAUGCACCUCUUCAUCCGCCACCUCAGCCUGGCCGACCUGGCCGUCGCUUUCUUCCAGGUGCUGCCGCAGAUGUGCUGGGACAUCACCUACCGUUUCCGCGGGCCCGACGGGCUGUGCCGCGUGGUGAAGCACCUGCAGGUGUUCGGCAUGUUCGUGUCGCCCUACAUGCUGGUGGUCAUGACCGCCGACCGCUACAUUGCGGUGUGCCACCCGCUUAAGACGCUGCAGCAACCGACGCGCCGCUCGCGCCUCAUGAUCGCUGCCGCUUGGGUGCUGAGCUUCGUGCUUAGCACGCCGCAGUACUUCGUCUUCUCCAUGGUCGAGGUGAACAACGUCACCAAGGCCCGGGACUGCUGGGCCACCUUCAUCCAGCCCUGGGGUCCCCGCGCCUAUGUGACCUGGAUGACGGGUGGCAUCUUCGUGGCGCCCGUGGUCAUCCUGGGUACCUGCUAUGGCUUCAUCUGCUACCACAUCUGGCGCAACGUUCGCGGAAAGACGGCUUUGCUCCCGGGAAAGGGCGCCGAGGGCGCGAGUGGCGCUUUGCAUAAGGGGCUCCUGCUCGCGCCGUGUAUCAGCAGCGUGAAGACCAUUUCCCGCGCCAAGAUUCGCACGGUGAAGAUGACUUUUGUGAUCGUGACAGUUUACAUCGUUUGCUGGGCGCCCUUCUUCAUCCUUCAGCUGUGGUCUGUCUGGGAUGAGAAGUUUGUUUGGAUCGAAUCAGAAAACCCGGCCAUCACCAUCACUGCAUUACUGGCUUCCUUGAAUAGUUGCUGUAAUCCCUGGAUAUACAUGUUUUUUAGCGGCCAUCUCCUGCAAGACUGUGUCCACAGCUUCCCAUGCUGCCAGAACAUGAAUCAAACGUUCAACAAAGAAGAUUCUGACAGUAUGAGCAGAAGACAGACUUCUUACACUAACAACCGGAGCCCCACAAACAGUAUGGGUACAUGGAAGGACUCGCCUAAAUCGUCCAAGUCCAUCAAAUUCAUUCCUGUUUCAACCUGAGCCCACAUUCACGCAGCCUGACUCUUGUAGUGGUCUUUUGGGUCUACUGGCUGAAUCCAGCUAGAAAUCAUGGGAACAAAUGAACUUCUAAGAGAUAAGCGUCAGUUUGUUGAGUGCAAGACUGUGUUUCUAGUUGCAUUUUCUCAUUGCUAUGACCAAAAGUUAUGAAUUGUUUUAUAGGGGACGUUAAAAAAUUAAAAAAUGAUGAAAAAAUAUGCUACACUAAGAUUUGUAGGCCUAAUUUUCAGAAAUAUAAUAGAAGUUAUAGUUCUAAAGGAAAAACAUAACCACCCUGGCUUUACAUUCUGUUGUUGGUUUCCUUUCUUUUCUUUUCCUUUUAUUAUGGACAGGACUAAGGCUUGCUUGCUUUAGAAGUCAUACGAUGUAGGGGCAUUAUUUCAAACAAAGUGAGCUCAUCAUCGGCCUUAGUGUUUGAAAGGAAUUAGAAGAACCUUCAGAGAAAUUUUUUCCAUCCAAUAAAAAUCAGUUCAUGCAUCAGAAAAUGCAGCCUCAGGUGCACCUGGGUGGCUCAGUCGGUUAAGCAUCUGACUUCCGGCUCAGGUCAUGAUCUCAGAGUUCCUGAGUUCCAGCCCCACGUCCGGCUCUGUGCUGACAGCUCAGAACCUGGAGACUGCCUCAGAUUCUGUGUCUCCCUCUUUCUCUGCCCCUCUCCUACUUGCACUCUCUCUCUCUCUCUCUCUCUCUCUCUCUCUCUCUCUCUCUUUCAAAAAUAAAUAUUAAAAAAGAAAAGAAAAGAAAAUGCAGCUUCAGGCAGAGACCUGGAGAUGGGAUAGUGCCUUGGACAGGCAUGAGUUCUUGGGGCAUAUGGAGCAGGGGGUGCUUGGUUCAGAGCAGAAAGAGAAAAGUUCUGUUAAAUGCUAAAUUUCAAAAUGGUAACUUUAGAACUGACAGUUCCCUCCUUGUUUUAGGCUCCUCAUGUUGUACCAGUUAUGGAAGGUAUAAUUUAUUAAGAUGCUGAAGGUUAGAGCAAAUAUUGUCAAAUGGCUAAUAAAAUCUUUUUUCUCCCACUGCAAGGCCAUUUUAAAAUCAGAUUUAUGUAAAGAAUAUCCAGUUUUGUUAGAAGAACAGAAAUGGAUUGCCCAAGGUACUAUGUAGACUUUGUCUAGAACACUGUAAACAUAUUUUGACCAGUGUUAUAGGGUAUUCUGUGUUGUGGUGGAUAGUAACAUGAUUAUUACUUCAUGUUUGGGGUGUCCAGACUUAUAAAUAAGAGUCUCCUAAAGAGAAACUCAAGAUGUAGAAUGUCCCUUCAUGUUUAAUUAAAAAUAAUUUGGUCUUUC